UGAAUUCAACCUUGAAGAUAUAUUUUCUUGGACAAAAACAGAGAGAACAAAUAUAUAUGGGUUAUACAUGUUAGCAUUUAGCUUGCCAUAUGCUCCAUAGUGUCACUUUGAAUUGGCAAGAAAUCCUACUAAUGAACUUACCAAAAGUGACAUGGUAGCAAAUAUAAUAAUUAGAAAAGGAGAGAAGUUGUGCAAAAGCUAAAAUUAAAAAAGCUCUUAAACAUGACCAAAUGAAAAAAACGUUCUCAAACUUAAUAAUGACACACACACAAAAAAAAAAAAAAAAAUAUUCGUUUUCCUUACAUCACACAUACGAUUGUAAGGUAGGAAAACAAAGAUGACAUCACAAAUAUGGUAACAUGAUGUCAGUUUUGCCAAGAUGAAUGGCUAUGAUUUCAAACCCAUAUUAGAUUACUAUAGGAUCAAUUGUAGGAGAGCAAAAAAAAUUUUCACAUCAAUGGGAAUUAAUUUCUUUUCCAUAUUGGAUAAGAACAGGAGAUUAAGCUUACUGAAGUUGGGAAAAGACUGUAGCAAUAGAAGACAAAUGAAUAAUUUAUUAUUUUAUGGGGAAUUAUGGAUAUUUGGUAAUCUCUCUGGAUCUCCUUCUAUUUAUUGCAUCAAAAGGGGGUAUCCUAUUUUGAGGCAUGAACCUUGUGGCCUUUUGCGCACAGACAUCUCAAUCUCUCUCUCCUUUCUCUCUCUCUCUCUCUCUCUCUCUCCCUACCUCUCUUUUUGCUCUCUCUCUCUCUCUCUCUGUCUCUCUAUAUAUAUAUAUAUGUAUAUACACACCCACUUAUAUCUAUAAGUUAUAGUGAGAAAGAGGGUGAUGAGUAAAUGACUCUAUAUAUGUUGUAUUAGAGAUACAAAUUGAACCUGUUUGUUAUGUGAGAAAAAGAAAAAAACUAAGAAAGAAAACCGAGUGUUUUUGCAUUUUGAUAUCAAGCGAGUGGCAAGAGAGAGACAUGGGGAGGGGAAGAGCACCAUGCUGUGAUAAAACACAAGUGAAGAGAGGUCCUUGGAGUCCUGCUGAGGACUUGAGGCUUAUCACUUUCAUUCAGAAAUUUGGCCAUGAAAACUGGAGAGCUCUCCCUAAGCAAGCCGGGUUAUUGCGGUGUGGGAAAAGUUGUCGUUUGAGAUGGAUUAAUUACCUCAGACCUGACGUUAAGCGUGGAAACUUCACUAAAGAGGAAGAGGAAACCAUAAUUAAGCUUCACAAAGCUUUGGGAAACAGGUGGUCAAAAAUUGCAUCCCAUUUACCAGGGAGAACAGACAAUGAGAUCAAGAAUGUUUGGAACACUCAUUUGAAGAAAAGAAUUUCAUCCAAAAAUAGUACUGCUGCUUCUGAUGAUCAAAUAUCAAAGGAAUCCUCCAUAACAUCUUCAUCACCAUCAUCAUCAUCAUCAUCAUCAUCAUCCUCAUUGUCUUCGUCAAAUUCGGUUUUGUCGAGUGGAAAUAAGCACAAUUUUGAAUCACCAGAACUAGUUGGGAAUGAUAUUCAAUCUGAUCAUCAUCGCAAAGACUUAGAGAAAAAUAUUGAUCAUGAUCAUGAUCAUGAUCAUCAUGCCCAAGUGAAAAAGGAACCAUUGAAAGAAGUUACAAGCUCUUUCUCUGUUUCUUCUUAUGAUUCAAUUGGGUCAAACUCUAGUCAAAUAGUUGAAGUUUCAAAGCCAGGUGAUGAUCAUGAUCACCAGGAGAAUUACAUGGAUCUGAUGCUGUUAGAUUAUGAUGUUAAUACUAUGGAGGUGAAUCAACCCGAUGAUGAAGUAAUUCCAUUGGAGGCUGAUUUUGAUUUCUGGGACAUGUUAGACAAUCUUUGUCCUUUUCAGCCUAAUAAUAAUCAUGGCCAUGAUCAUCAUCAAGUCCAUUGCCAUAGCUCAAGUUUUGAAGAAGAACAUAGCAGAGAGAUUGAGAACAAGAAAUGGUUCAGAUACUUAGAAAAUGAACUUGGGUUAGAAGCAACAGCAAAAGAGAAUGAUGAUGGUGAUGAAAACCUGCAAGAACUUGUAGCAAAAGAUCAUGAUGUCAAAGAGAGUUUUCAAUGUGACAUUGAGGAAGAAGCAAGAGUAGGAGUGCAAGAAUUUGAUCCAUGCCUCACGACCACUACUUACUGUCCAAUGUGGCCCUCUUUGCCAAAGAAAUCGCCUAUCUAAAUAUUAAAUUGAAACCAUUAGUUUUUAUUGUUAGUGAUAGAGAGAGCUUUCAAUACAUUGACUUAAUUAACUUGUGUUUCCAUAAAUGAAAGUAUUGUAGAUUGAUAAUAUAUUCCUGACUUUAUAAGUUAGUAGGGACGUUUCUAUGAUGUAUGAUGGAAAUUGAUGUUUUUCUUCCGAAAGUAUAUCAAAUAUAUACAAUUAAUGUGGACCGAACAAAUAUAUAUUAUAAUGAUGGAGUUUUUUUGCUUUA